AUGAUAAUAAGAUUGAUACUAUUCCUCGCCUCGUUUCAUCCCCUAAUCUACGCUCAAAUGCCGCAUAAUGGACCGCCACCGCCGCAGAAUAACAAGCCAGAUUGUUCCCAACCCUGGCAAUCCCGGGAACUCACCUACGUUCCUGCGUUGAGUCAAUGCUCAAAUUACGAGGAUGGUAGCGGUAUCACCUGCUCCGAGAAGAACCCAUUUACCUGUACUGGGAGGAAUCCGUUUUGCGCCUCUGUCGGGAACAAGGAAUUCCGGUGUUGCAGUGACAUGAUUCAGGACAGUACUGAACAGCUGAAUCUAAAACCGGAAGAGAUUAAACCAAUCUGCCCUAACGGCGCGAUCCCCUACCGUAUGCCGUACGCGAUGCUGUGCGACCCGGCGAUCGUCAAUAUUUGCCCUCCAAACUACAAAUGCGUCGAGGCGGCCAAUGGUCAUCUACUGCCACAUGAUGGACGAUCGCUGUGUUGCAAGACUAGCACGCUGUAUAGUUUUGCCUCAGUCUUUGCUGAAGCCCAACUGACUCCAAGAAUUGUUCCGGCGCCUCCAGUAGCAGCGAUAGAACAUGUAACCCUAAACGUCCACACCUCCGUUCUAAUGCACGCACCAGAGAUCCGAACCGGCGAUCAUUUUGUCCUAGCUCCUUUCAAGCUACUCGAGCCGGCCUACAUCAAGAAUAUCAAAUUAUUCUCAGAAUUACCAAUUGGCAGUUAUAUGCAUGUAGUAAUGUUUGAUCCUGUAAGUGUUACCGAAACGCUACAAUUCUACUAUGAUCGCCCGUCGAGGGGAGGAAAGGUAUUGGAUCUCGAAGAGCCGGUGGAUGAUGGUGGAUUUAUAUCAAAGAAGAUUUACAAUGCACAUCCAGUGACAAAUAUGGAUGAGCAGCAAAAACGGCCGGCGAAUCAAUAUCGUAAAAUGUGGGUAGUGCUAAUGUUCCGGACCGUCAACCCGAUUACGAGACUUUACGUCUCGGUUACUGUGGAUCUACAUGCGAAGUAUCGAAGUGUUAGUGAAUUCUUGCGCUCGGACACCGGCCGCCUGCUCGGAACCCCGACAGCCGGGACCUAUUUUUACAUCACCAACGUC